AGGAAGAGGAGGAUGAAGCUGGAGCGGAGGAUGGGAGGAAGAGUGGCGUGAGACACACACAGGCUGGCUGCCGAGGACCUCGCGUACAUGCGCGCGCGCGUGUGUGUCUGUGUGUAUAUGUGUGUGUGUGAGAGGGUGAGCGUGAGCGCGUGAGUGACUGGGACUUUUGGAGGGACUUCAUUAGCGGACCGAGACAAAGAGACGCGUUUGAAACGUCCUGAGGCACGCUGUAAGGGAAAGUUGAAACUUUUCGGCGCCGCCACAGCUCGCGCUGCCGUGCCGGUCCCGGCUUUGUCUCUACACAGCGGAGCGCGACGGUACAUGCAGGAGUGAAAAUCAACAUCCGCUUGAUAUUUUAAUCACGCAAGAGGGGAAGCCGUCGGUGUGCGUUUGCGGGGAGGAGGAGUAGUAAGAGAAUGGCGGCCAACAUGUACCGCGUCGGAGAUUAUGUGUACUUUGAGAAUUCGUCCAGUAAUCCUUACCUGAUCCGUCGAAUAGAAGAACUCAACAAGACGGCCAACGGAAACGUAGAAGCCAAGGUCGUGUGCCUCUUCAGGAGGAGAGAUAUAUCUAGCAAUCUCAACACUCUGGCUGACAGCAAUGCUAGAGACUUUGAGGAGGAGUCCAAGCAGCCACCAAUCACUGAUCAACAGAAACACCAGCUGAAACACAGAGAACUGUUCCUGUCCCGACAGUUUGAGUCUCUUCCUGCCACACACAUACGGGGGAAAUGUAACGUCACACUUCUGAAUGAGACUGAUGUUUUAACAGGCUACCUAGAGAGAGAGGACUGUUUCUUCUACUCGUUGGUGUUUGACCCGGUUCAGAAAACUCUGCUGGCUGACCAGGGCGAGAUCAGGGUGGGCUCCAAAUAUCAGGCUGAGAUUCCUGACAAAUUGGCAGAAGGGGACUCGGACAAUCGAGUACAAGAGAAACUGGAGACGAAGGUAUGGGAUCCGGAUAACCAGCUGAAGGACUCUCAGAUAGAUCAGUUCUUGGUGGUGGCCCGGGCUGUGGGGACUUUUGCCCGUGCCUUAGACUGCAGCAGCUCCAUCCGCCAGCCAAGUCUGCACAUGAGUGCAGCAGCUGCAUCCAGAGACAUCACCCUGUUCCACGCUAUGGACACACUGCAGAAGAAUGGUUAUGACUUGGCCAAGGCCAUGUCCACGCUGGUGCCGCAGGGCGGCCCCGUGCUCUGCCGUGACGAGAUGGAAGAGUGGAGUGCCUCGGAAGCCAUGUUGUUCGAGGAAGCACUAGAGAAGUAUGGAAAGGACUUCAAUGACAUUCGCCAGGACUUUUUGCCUUGGAAGUCUUUAGCCAGUGUUGUUCAAUUCUAUUACAUGUGGAAAACCACAGACCGUUACAUUCAGCAGAAAAGACUGAAGGCAGCAGAAGCAGACAGUAAACUGAAACAGGUUUACAUCCCCACCUACACCAAGCCCAACCCUAACCAGAUUAUGGCUCCUGGUAACAAACCCGGCAUGAACGGAGCUGCAGGCUUUCAAAAAGGCCUGUGCUGCGAGAGCUGCCAUACUGCUCAGUCUCCUCAGUGGUAUGCUUGGGGUCCUCCUAACAUGCAGUGUCGACUCUGCGCCUCCUGCUGGAUUUACUGGAAGAAGUAUGGUGGGCUGAAGACACCCACUCAGUUAGAGGGCGCUACAAGAGCUGGCUCGGACGCACCCUCACGUAGUCACAUGACUCGUCAGGAAGUGCAGGGCAUGUCCCCGUUCACUAAUAAUGCCGGUAGAGCCAAGCUUUUGGCUAAAAAUCGGCAGACAUUUAUUCUGCAGACCACCAAGCUGACCCGCAUCGCCCGUCGAGUGUGCCAGGACAUCCUGCAGUCACGUCGUGCUGCCCGCCGCCCUUAUGCAUCUAUCAACGCCAAUGCUGUCAAAGCAGAGUGUAUGAUCAGACUCCCUAAAGUAGCAAAAAGUGCUAUAAAGAACCGUCCUGUUCCACGACCAUCUCUUGUUAACAUAGUCAAAGAAUUGGCUGUCCAGGCUCCCCUUAAACUCAAAGCUCCUAGAGGUGCUCCCACCCCAAUCAACCGUAACCAGGCCAACCAGCCCCGCAGUGCAACUGCCCUGCUUGGCAAGAGACCCUUCGAUAGUGGGGGAGGACACUCGUUCUCCACCAAUGGGAGGCCCUUUAUGAGCGGCAUGCGGACGACCGCUCAAUCGGUCAUAAAGCGCCAGAGAGUUAGUCAGGCAGAUGCCCCAAAUCCUGUAGUCUUUGUGGCUACUAAAGAAACCAGGGCCCUGAGGAAACACCUUUCUCAGGGUGAAAUGAGACGAGCAGCUAGGAAACCCAACAUCCCUGUCAGAGUGAAAUUUCCUCUGCCACCACGGCCAAUUCCUGUCCCCGUUCUGCCCUCUAGCACCAGCGAGCCAAUCGUACUGGAGGACUAAUGACAAUUCUUUUAGGCUGCAUCACCUCACAUCUCCCCAUCUUUAUGCCCUCCUUUCUUUUUCCCCUUUGUUCCACACAAAAAAAUCUGUGCGCUGUCUUCCCCUCUCAAUCAUUUUUUUCUUUAUCUUACAAAUAUAUUUUGCCUGUCCAUAUUUUCUUGUUCACUUUUCCAUGCGAUCAUUCAACCUGUGAGCUUCAUAAAGAAACAUAUGCACACAGAUGAGUUUAUGCCCCACAUAAUGACACAGCAGCACACAUCAGGCUUUCAUAAUGGACUUUGUAGUGUUUUAUUCUUGUAGUAUAGGUUAUUCCCCUCCCCUUCCUCUUUUUUUUUUUAAUGCCGAAUAUUUUUAACUGUGUAAUUUAAAUCUGAUAAUGCGCAACAUGAAAUGAUGGUGAUAAAGCACACUUUAUUUUUGUCCUCCAGGUCUAUCUUUAUUUGUGUAAAUAUUAACAUUUUUCAGGAGUGAUAUCUUUAAUGCUGGUGUGGUAAGGGGAGGGGUUUUCGGGGUGGGGGGGGGGAUUGGGGAGGGGGAGUCUGGCAUGUCUCUUAUUUGUUCUUUCUCUUUGUUUAAACAAAUUCAGUAUGUAAGUGCUCCUUUUCUUCACACUAUAGUCAAUCUAAUGGUUGGAAACCUGUAGUGUUUCUUUUAGUGGCUUUAUUCUGUUUACCCCAGUCUGUUGACUAAUCCUUAAAAGAGCUCAACUAGACCACAGGGCACACAACAGCAUCGAGGUCGGCUCUACUCCAUGUGACGUGGAUCGGUGGAUUGAAGUUCAGGAGGGCUUUUAUUUAUGGCCCCAUUCUCCUCUCUUUUGUGUUUUCUUGUUCAAUAUGUGAUUUCUCGUUUCUCUAUAAUAAGAAAUAAUUACAAACAACACAUUUGAUGUUCGCUGAUGUGUUGGAGACACCUAUUUGAAAUGUUUUCUAAGUGCAAACGGUGACAGAAUGCUGAUAGCCCGUUAUCAAUGUAUCCAGUGUAAAUCAAGGAAAAAGGUGUUAGAACGAAGUGGUGGGAGGGAGCUGGGUGGGUUGAGGUUGGUCAGAGAAACCCUGUGGCAGCUUCUGGUUCUUCAGGUUUUUUUUUUUGGUUUGUUUUCUUACCAGUAAAUGAUUGGUCUCACAAUCAGUUCAGCCUCUGCCUCAUUUUUGGUCUUUUAUUUCUUGCCCUUUGUAUCUAUGAAAUAAUAAACAAAGCCAUACAGUUGUAAGUUUUCAUUUAUGUGUUUGCCAAGAGGGACAGAACUUAAUGUAAUCCAGCGGCUUACCUACAAAAUGGCACUGCCUGUAAGGUAACGUAGUGACUAGAUAAUGUAGUUAGAAAAGUGAGAAAGAAAGGACAUUUUUCUUUGCCUAUGAUGUAAGAUUGGGUUCUUAGUAAUGGCUCUAAUAGGUUGUAGACUCCUUUGAUAUUGAAUCAUGUCCUCAUUUAUGGUUUCAUUUGUGCUUCUUAAUGAAUGAAUGAAUGGAUUUCUCAUUCACUGGGUGAUUUGCCAACCACUGAAUGAGCUCUACACAAUAUUCUCUUGUACAUUUGUUUUUUUUUUUUCCCUCCCCUAGUGUUGGGGUUUUUGUAAGGUUUCUUAAACUGAGCGUGCACUGCACAUUAAAAUUUAAAAUAAACGUUGACCUGUCCACCGAAA